AUGGAUAAGGCUUGGAUGCAUAUUGAAGAUAGAUUACAUUCCACUGAGUAUGCUGAAGGGGUUAGACAAUUUCUCUCUAUGGUGUUAGCCCACACUCCUAACACUAAUCAGAUUAGGUGUCCAUGUAGAAGAUGUCGGAAUAGAGCUUUCCACUCCAUUCGUAUAGUUGAUGAUCAUUUUUUCUUCAGAGGUAUUGAUCCAACUUAUACGGAAUGGAUAUUCCAUGGAGAAGAUGACCCUUUCCUUUCUGCUGCACUCUCUGCCAAUGAAGAAGCUGAUACAUCUUCUAACAAUGAUUAUAUUGAUGAUCUAGAAGAGAUGUUAGAUGACAUCCGCCAUGGGUCCUAUAUGGAUCAUCAUUCUACUGAUGAGGGAUACAUAGAUGCAGAUGAUCAAGAUCAGACGUUUGAUGGUCGAACUAACUUUAAUUUCAAGGAGUUGGUAGCUGAUGCACAACACCCACUUUAUCCUUCAUGUACUAAGUUCUCAAAGCUAUCAUUCAUCGUCAAGCUUCUUCACAUAAAGAGCAUUGGUGGUUGGACUGUGAAGUCCUUCGAUAUGUUCAUAAAGCUAUUGCAAGAGGCAUUUCCAAAUGCCUCUUUCCCUGACUCAUAUAACGAUGCCCGUCGCUUGGAGCGUGGAUUGGGGUUUAGUUACGAGAAGAUACAUGUCUACCCAAAUGAUUGCGCGUUGUUUUGGAAGGAAAAUGCAUCAUUAGAUGAAUGCCCUAAAUGUAAAGCUUCUAGGUGGGAACAAAGCACAAUUCACCAACGAAGGGUUUGGAAGGACUUUGAUAACAAACAUGAGAGGUUUUCUGAAGAUCCUCGAAAUGUUAGACUUGGUUUGGCAAGUGAUGGGUUUAACCCAUUCAAUAACAUGAGUAGGCCAUAUAGCAUUUGGCCAGUCCUGCUUGUGCCUUACAACUUGCCACCUUGGGCAUUCAAGAAAGAUCCAUACACUAUGUUAUCGUUGCUAAUCCCUAGCCCAAAGUCACCAGGUAAUGAUAUUGAUAUGUUCUUGCGUCCUCUCCUUGAAGAGUUGAAGGAGUUAUGGGUAGAGGGUAUUCGUACCUAUAAUGCGUAUAGUGGGCAAGACUUUAAGUUGCAUGCAGCGCUACUUUGGACUAUCAAUCACUUCCUCGCAUACGCCAAUCUUUCCAGUUGGAGCACGAAGGGCAAGUGGCAUGCCCGUAUUGUACAUCUGACACAAAUUCUCAGUGGUUGGUAUAUGGCCGCAAACAUUGCUAUAUGGGUCAUCGACGAUGGUUGCCCCUAG